AUGGAAGCAGAAGCAGAUGUUAUGAUUGUGGGAGCUGGAAUUUCUGGCCUUGCAACAUCCUUAGGACUUCACAGGCUGGGGAUUGGAAGCUUCGUGUUGGAAUCAUCUGAUAGUUUGAGGACAACAGGGUUUGCAUUCGCAAGAUGGAUAAAUGCAUGGAAGGCCUUAAAUGCCCUUGGUCUUGCCAAUUCUCUUCGCCAACAUCAUGUCACACUUGAUGGGAAUGUGACUUCCUCAAGAAUUACAGGGCUUCAAACGUUUGAGAUGUCAUUUAAGGCCAAAGGAAAACAUAUCAAUAUUCAAGCAUGCUCAAAUGAUUGA